AUGUCAAAUUUCAUCGGAGUCCACAAAUGCAACAGGAACAAACCAUUAGUGAUAACGAUAACAGCCUGCCAGAACCUCCACCAGCGUAAAUCCCAACUCCGAUGCCUGCCCGAGCCCCCGCCCAAAUCGAACCCCCUCAUCGUCACCGAGAAAUGCGUCAAUCGCACCUUCACCAAAGACGGCGCCGAGCUCGUCGAAGAAGUGACAAAAACUAUAUCCCAAGCGCCUCUGCAAAGCAGCUGCAGCGGCUGCACGCAAACCGCCCAGGACGACAAGCUGGUCUGCAUCCCGUCGAAAAUCACGCUGAAGCUGCCGGCCGUGCCGCCCCGCUACCACGGCUGCGGCUGCGCCCUGGAAAUCUGCGUGCUGGAGAAGCACAAUCCGCGGUGCCGGUUCCGCAGGCAGAUCGGAUGCGGCAAAUCGGUCGACGACGCCUGCGGCAGCUACGAGGUCAUCGGCAGGAUGAAGUUCAAAACCUGCGACGGGAGCCCGGCGUGCGCGCCGAGGGAGGUGUGCCCGAAGAGCUCGUGCGAGUUGAGCCGGUGUUGUUCGACGGAGAAGAUUUGCUGCAAGCCGAAGAAGAAGUGGUACGAUUGCUUCUGUCAUUUGGUUAACUCUUUAAGAGGGUUCGACGUGUGCAUUCCUUGA